AUGGAUAUGGUCAACACGGUGCGACCUGAUGAGCGUUCAGUUAUGACCUAUGUGUCUGCCUAUUAUCACGCGUUUGCCGGGGCGCACAAAGCUGAAUCCGCGGCAAACCGCAUUUCCAAGGUGUUGCAAUCAAGUCAAGAGAAUGAAAAACUAAUGGAACAAUAUGAGGGUUUGGCGUCGGACUUGCUCAAAUGGAUCAAUAAGCAAGUACUCUUCCUAAAGGACCGCACCACAGACGGAACGAUACCUGGAACAUGUGCCAAACUCAACCAAUAUCGCGAUUAUCGACGAGGUGAGAAACCACCGAAAUUGGAAGACAAAUGUGAACUGGAAAAUUUGUUCAACACACUACAAACACGACUUCGAUUAGCCAAUCGCCCAGCAUUUUUGCCCACCGAAGGCAAAAUGAUUUCGGACAUUGAUGGAGCCUGGAGACAGUUGGAGAACUACGAGAAAGGAUUCGAGGAAUGGCUCCUAGCCGAAAUCAAACGAUUGGAAGAAAUCGAGCAUUUGGCCCGCAAAUUCCGCCUCAAAUGUGCCACACACGAAGCUUGGACGGAAGGAAAAGCCAACGGGUUGGAAUCACGUGACUACGAGGGAGCCAGUUUGUCCAGUCUGCGUGCAAUGUCCCAGAAACAUGAUGCAUUUGAGGCCGACCUGGGUGCACAUCAGAGUCGUGUGGAGCGAAUCGUUGCGAUUGCAGAAGAGCUUAAGUGA